GCGAUUGAAGGGAUUGCAGACGGCCAUUUUAGAGCUACCGUCAACACCGCGUAUUCAUCCAUUGCUCGUUUUUUCUUUUUUCCUGUAAACUAAGCCCUCCGCCCGACUGUCGAGAAAAGUGCAACGAGAAACAGAACAAGAAGGGCGUGUGUGUUCAUUUUUUUCGCGGCUGAACUCGAAGUCGGGAUGCGCUUCCGAAGGAAUAAACUCUUGGCAUCCGUCGUCCUACUGGUCCUGGUGCUGGUGUCCGCGCUGGAUGCGGCUAAAGUCAAUAAGCACAAGCCGUGGAUCGAGACCACUUACCACGGCAUUGUGACAGAGAACGAUGACAAAGUGCUGCUGGACCCCCCUUUAAUUGCACUGGACAAGGAUGCGCCGCUACGCUACGCAGAGAGUUUUGAGGUGACCCUCACCGAAGAAGGUGAGAUUUGCGGCUUCAGGAUCCAUGGGCAGAAUAUCCCCUUCGAAGCCGUGGUCCUGGACAAAUCUAGUGGCGAGGGGGUCAUUCGGGCAAAAGACAAGUUAGACUGCGAACUGCAGAAGGAACACACCUUCACCAUCCAAGCGUACGACUGCGGAGAGGGACCUGACGGUGCCAACAUGAAGAAAUCACACAAGGCCACCGUCCACAUCCAGGUGAACGACCUCAAUGAGUACUCGCCGGUCUUCAAAGAGAAGUCCUACAAAGCCACCGUCAUUGAGGGAAAGAAAUACGACAGCAUCUUGAAAGUGGAGGCGGUGGAUGCGGACUGCUCUUUCCAGUUCAGUCAAAUCUGCAACUAUGAAAUUGUCACGCCAGAUGUGCCCUUCACCAUUGACAAAGAGGGCCUCAUCAAGAACACAGAGAAACUAAACUAUGACCGAGAGCACAUGUAUAAGCUGACUGUGACCGCUUACGACUGCGGAAAGAACCGCGCCUCGGAGGACGUCUUGGUCAAGAUCGGCGUCAAGCCAACUUGCAAACCCAGCUGGCAAGGCUUCAAUAAGAGGAUUGAAUAUGAGCCCGGCACGGGAAGCCUGGCUCUUUUCCCCAGCAUGCACCUGGAGACCUGUGACGAGCCAAUUACGUCCAUCAGAGCCACAAUUGAACUCGAAACCAACCAUAUUGGAAAGGGAUGUGACCGCGACACCUACUCUGAGAAGUCUCUGCACAAGCUGUGCGGAGCCAGCUCCGGUGCAGUUGAGCUUCUGCCAUCACCCGGCAGCUCCGCCAACUGGACGAUAGGACUACCCACCGAUAACGGGCACGACAGCGACCAGGUGUUUGAGUUCAACGGCACCCAGGCCAUCAAGGUUCCGGACGGCUUGGUGAGCACCAGCCUGAAGGAGCCCUUCACCAUAUCGGUGUGGAUGAGACAUGGACCCGGGGCCCAUGAGAAGGAGACCAUCCUCUGCAAUUCUGACAAGACAGACUUGAACAGGCACCACUAUUCCCUCUACGUGCACAACUGCAGGCUGAUCCUUCUCCUCCGUCAAGAUCCCUCGGAGGCGGAGAACUACAAACCAGCCGAGUUCCACUGGAAACUCGACCAGGUGUGUGACAAAGAGUGGCAUCACUAUGUGCUGAAUGUGGAGUUCCCCACGGUGACGCUCUUUGUGGACGGGACAACCUUUGAACCCUUCCUGGUCACGGAGGACUACCCACUGCAUGCUUCCAGGAUUGAGACUCAGCUCACCGUUGGUGCUUGCUGGCAAGAACACUCGGGACAUGACAAUGACACUGAGACACUCUCUGAGUCUUCCUCAGGCGGAAACGCACGCAUGGCCCAGUUUUUUCACGGAAACCUUGCGGGGCUGAUGAUUCGCUCAGGCAAGCUGGAGAACAAGAAGGUUAUUGACUGUUUGUACACCUGCAAGGAGGGCCUGGAUGUACAGCUGCCCGAGGAGGUGGCGUCCACGGUUAAGGUGGAGUUUAACCCCAACCAGUCCUCCCUGACUGUCGAGGGGGAUGACAUUGACGCUUUUGACAAGGUCAUGCAGCACAUCUCUUACUUGAACUCCCGCCAGUUCCCGACGCCCGGCAUCAGACACCUUCGCAUCUCCACCGCCGUCAAGUGCUUUAACGAGGAUUCCUGCGUGACCAUGCCGGACGCUGAAGGUUACGUGAUGGUGCUGCAGCCCGAGGAGCCCAAGAUCAGCCUGAGCGGCAUUGACCACUUUGCCCGCAGUGCUGCCGAAUUUGAGAGCCAAGAAGGCGUGACGCUGUUCCCCGAGCUGCGCAUUGUUAGCACCAUCACCCGCGAGGUUGAGGCUGAUGCGGAGUCUGAAGCCACCGAGGGAGCGGACGAUGACCCCACGGUCCAAGAGACGGUGGUCUCUGAGGAGAUCAUGCACAACCUGGACACAUGCGAAAUGACCGUGGUAGGAGAUGAACUGGAUGCAGAGCACGAGGGCCUGGAAGUAGACACGGAGCAGCUGCAGCAACGUGGCCUUGAGAUGAGCUCCUCCCACCUUGGCCUCGUCAUCACCGGCGUGAACACCAUGGCCAACUACGAGCAAGUCCUGCAUCUCAUCCAUUAUAAGAACUGGCACACCGAGGCGCUCUUCGAUAGGAAAUUCAAACUGGUGUGCUCUGAGCUGAACGGGCGCUACAUCAGCAACGACUUCAAGGUCGAGGUGAACGUAAUUCACACAGCCAGCGCCAUGGAGCCUUUCCACAGUGCCAUGGUGCAGCCCAACUUCAUCAACCCCGUGCAUCAGGCGUCCGUGGACCUGUCUGGCCACAACCUUGUCAACGCUCACCAGUCGUCAGUGGUUCCCAGCGCAGCCACCAUCGUCAUCGUCGUCUGCGUCAGUUUCCUGGUGUUCAUGAUCAUUCUGGGCGUGUUCCGGAUCCGGGCCGCACACCAGCGCACCAUGAGGGACCAGGAGAACGGCAAGGAGAACGAGAUGGACUGGGACGACUCGGCCCUCACUAUCACCGUUAACCCCAUGGAGACGUACGAAGACCAGCACAGCAGUGAGGAGGAGGAGGAGGAAGAGGAAGAGGAGAGCGAGGACGGCGAGGAGGAAGAUGACAUCACGAGCGCCGAGUCGGAGAGCAGUGAGGAUGACGAGGGCGGCGAACAGGAGGACCAGCAGGGGGCCAGCAGACAGCAGCAGCUGGAAUGGGACGACUCCACCCUCACUUACUAGAACGACGCACACACACACACACACAUACUCACUCAUAUACACACACACUCACACAUACACACACUCACACAUCACUAAUUUGCACUCACUCACUCAGAUGUUCAUCCUCACCACAGGAAGACAAAGAGCCGCAAAGUUACAAAAAAAAAAAAAAAAAAAUUGAUCGUGGUCAAGGUUUCCCUCUUGUCAUCUUAGUGGCCGUACUCGGUGUUGUGUCGUCAUCAGCGGCUUGUUUUACUUAAUUUAUUCUCUUUGCAUUCACAGGAAAUCUUGGCCAAAAUUUCUUUUCCGGUGUGUGAGGAAGCCAACCGUGCACUUUUUAGUUUUCUCUCCCACACAAGGCUUCGGAAUCAUUUCUAGAUUUGUUUCUGCUGCUGAAAAUCCCCGCUGGUAGAGCAGUGACUUGAAUUAACGCUUUUCACGACCGUUUGCUUGUUUUUCUUUGCUUUGCUUUUUAACCUUUUUAGUGCAUGAAGAAGUCUUAUGUGUAGAGAGAUCCACUGCUUUUUAAAGAUGUUUGUAAAUAUUAAGAAACCAUGUAAUUAGUCAAUGUGCUUGUGAAGGCCUAAGCCACAGGGUCCAAUAUCUACAGAUGCUUACUAUUUGUGUCACGCAGGUUGUAGCAUGUCGCUGAAAAUGUGUACAAAAGUGUCGGCUUUCAUGACCAAUGUAUUGGAUUUUUUUUUUUUUCUUUUUACCCCCUUUGCGCUCUCCUCUGUGCGCAGAGGACACGCGCUUCUUUUUGCUUGAACACGCGUCCCUUUUAUUCCCGCCUGAUGGGAUUUACAGGGUGCAGAUGGACGACGGUUGCUAAAGUGGGCCAGCAACAGCUCUUAAGACAACCAUCCUCAGUGUAAUUCCCAAAGGAGCAAACCGGCUCCAGGUAAAGCUUCUUGUCACCUGUACGGCAAAUUGUCUGCAGAGCAGCUGUUUUAAUCUGAGCUAAUAUUCAAGCAUUUAUCUCCAAA